UAACCUUAUUUAGUCCUGGGUACCAACUAGCACCUACAUACCUCCAAAAGAAAAGCAGGUCUUAGAGGAGGACAAACAGAGGAAUCGUCAGAAGGCAGAGUGUCAUAUCCCAGAUUGUGCGAAGCCAUGACGCCCUGCUCAAGUUUGAUUCACUCCACACCUCUGGAACUCCAGCCACCCAUAAGACUAACAACCUGCCCAUCAGGCUAAACACCACAGCCAUCCUGAGAGAGGGGGCUCUGUAUAACCGUCAGGUGGAGGAUGGAGCUACACUGGUACAAUAUGAUGCAUGCACCGGUGCCUCAUAUAUCAGGAUGGAGCAGCUGGUGGAGGGGGUGGACGAGCCCGCCUCAUUCCUACAGUGACAAAAGGAGAUGCGGGAGCUGGACCUCCAGGAGGAGCUUGCCCAGGUGGAGCGCCGGCGUCUGGAGGGACCCAUCAGUUAUGAAAAGGCCGCUCUCGCCCGCACCGGCAUCAUGGAGAGCAACCAGAAGACUACACUGCUAAAGAAGGAAGAGACUGCCAAGCUGAUGCAGAGAUACAUAAACAAGCAGUUGCAGGAGGAGAAAGAGAUGAGAGACCUGGUGCAACAGGUGGCAGAUGGACACAAAAACUCUAAAGCAGCUAAAGUGAAGUUGCAGGAGUUCAAACAGCGAAUAGUAAAGGAAGUGUCGGAGCAGUGACUCCUCAGGAACCUCCCCAUCUCCUGGUUCAGGAGCUGGUUCAUGACGUGAAUUGGUGGCCACUGUCGGAGACCGACUGUCGGAGGCGGCCGAAGGAAGAUUUGGCUUUGGGGGUGACCAGUGAGAUAUACCUGCUGGAGCGCGUGCUACGGGUGUGGUGGUGAGCCAGACGACAGCUCCGAUGUUCGCUCUUUCUGUGAUGAACACCACAUUCAUUGAGAAUGUGACAGAAACAACCACAUUCAGUGAGACCCCUACAGUCAGUGAGACCCCUACAUUCAAUGAGAAAGAGACAGCAACCUCCCAUAUGAUCCUCAGCACCACGUCCCCAGGCUGCUCUGCCCUCUGUGAGGCCUGUGUCCCAGGGUCCUACUCCGACAACGACACCCUCCUGUGUUCCUGCUGCCAUGAGCCAGGGUUGUGUCUGUUCACUGGGGCUUGCCUCCCAUGUUCCAGAGGGUUCUUUCAGAGUCUGGCUGGACAACAGCGAUGUCUGCCCUGCAGCCAGGGUUUUUACACCAAUUUCACCGGCAGCCCUGUGUGUCAGUCCUGCCCCGCAGGCUCCUACAGCAACAACACAGGCUCUGACUCCUGCCAAAGUUGUUCUCCAGGUUUCUAUACGUCUCAACAAAAUGCCACAUUGUGCAGUCCAUGUCAACGAGGAACAUUCUGCAACGCCUCCAGUUGUGCUCUGUGUCAGAUCUGUCCUGCUGGUACAGAGUCCCUCCAGGCUGCUGCCAAGGAGUGCACACCUUGUCGUCCAGGCCUGCACAAGGGUCCCCGUCAGAGUAUGUGUCAAAUCUGCAGCAGCGGCUUCUUCCAGAUCCACUGGGGCCAGGAGACCUGUAACCUCUGCCCCGAAAACCACUACUGCCCAAGUCCAGACGUGAACCCCAUCCUGUGCCCUGGCGUUGCCUUCUGUCCUGAAGGCAGCACUGCUCCAGGUUACUGCAUGGAGACCUUCUUCCGCAAGGCAGGGGAGGACUGCGAGCUGGCCCCUAUCACCAUUGCUCUACUUGUCAUUGGAGGAGGGGUGGCCCUACUCUUUGUCAUCCUACUGGUGUUGCGUCGAAUGCGAGACACAGAUGGAGAGCGUUCCCUCGCGCGACAAUUUCUGUUAACCAAAGAGAGGCCGCAAGGUGAAUACUACGGGAUCCCAGGUGAUGCCGCGCCAGUAUAUGCUGGUUGGUGAACAUGUCCCCAGCCUCAUCUGAUACGUCCUAUUAUUGGGGUGAAAUGUCUGGCUUUUAGAGCAGAAUCAAGGGAAGUCUAUGUGCCUCAGUUGUGGACUAAUGGACCAUAAGAGAAAGCAGACACCAAAUCCUAGCCAUGGUUUACCGAAUGUCCAUUUGACUAUUUUUGACAACUCACCAGCUUUCCUGCGAUUUAUAUCUUCAAGGUGUAUUUUUAACAAGCAGAAGUGUUUUUCAUCUGUAUUCUGUGCUUUAGUGAUUGUGGAUCCCGUUACAUUUGUUCAAAAUAAGAAAAAAUGUCAAUUGAAUUUACCUUUGCAUUCCUUUAGAUUAAUUAGGUAAAUGGUUUAAAGAGGCACACACUGGAUGGUUUAGGAGGGUUGAAAAUGGAGCUUGCGGGCCUCUAUAAGGACUUGGUGAAGACCUUGUGUUAUGAAAAUCACUUUUGUUGAUGUUUGUAAAUGCACUCAGUCAUGGUACAUCGAUGGGU